GUGUCAAGUGCCAUGAAGCUCGGUUUGAAGGGUUAAUCAAACAGUUAGCUUGCGACAGAUUAAUUUUUAAACCAGAAAACUGAACCUCUUGCAUGCCGAGUACUCUUCCUUUCUUGCAACUAGCUAGUUUGUUCAUUGCAGCUAGCCGUUUGUACUGGCAUGCAUUCGAGAGAGAGGUACGAGUGACCUCACAGCUAUAAUGUGACAACCACAUGCACCCACACGAAUCAUGGCCAGACAGCUGAGGCGUAAAUGUCAAUAUUGCUAGCUGAUCAUGAUAUAUCAUUGCCAAUACCAGGGACGAGCAGAAAGUCCUUGCAUGCCUUUGAACUCAAGCAAAAUAGAUCAUAUUCUUUCUCAUCAAAAGCACCAAGAAAAAGAGAAGAAGAAGAAUGCUCUCAGCAUGCAUCAACCACCUCUUACCCCAGCCCAUGUGGCUUCUUCUUUUCUCAUCCCUUGGAUUUAUCUCCUUCCUCAAAACCUCAACCCUUCUUCUCAACUGGGUGUAUGCAACGUUUCUCAGACGAAAAAAGGAUCUCAAGGACUAUGGCUCCUGGGCUGUCAUCACUGGAGCUACUGACGGUAUAGGCAAAGCCUUUGCUCAUCAACUAGCUCAAAAGGGUCUAAACCUUAUAUUAGUGAGUAGAAACCCCAACAAGCUCAAAACAGUCUCGAGUGAAAUCCUAGCAGAACAUCCAGGCACCAAGAUUAAGACAGUUGGGUUUGAUUUUUCAAGCAAAGUUUCCACUCGUACCGUCCAAGGAGUUAUACAAAAGGCCGUAGAGGGAUUAAAUGUUGGUUUGUUGAUAAAUAACGUGGGAAUCACGUACCCCGCGGCCAGGUUUUUCCACGAGGUGGAUGAGAAAGCUUGGAUGGACAUUGUUAGAGUGAAUUUGGAGGGCACUAGUAGAGUUACUAGAGCAGUUUUACCAGGGAUGAUUCAGAGGAAAAGAGGUGCCAUUGUUAAUAUCGGCUCUGGAGCUUCUAGUGUCAUGCCUUCACAUCCCCUCUUCACAAUCUAUGCUGCUACCAAAGCAUAUGUUGACCAAUUUUCGAGAUGUCUGCACGUGGAGUACAAACGUUAUGGAAUCCAUGUACAGUGUCAGGUGCCACUAUAUGUUGCAACAAAAAUGACCUCAAAAAUAGCUUCGAUUGGAAGAUCGUCCUUCUUCAUACCAACACCAGAAGAUUAUGCAAAGUCUGCAAUUGGUCGAAUAGGCUAUGAAGCACGGUGCGCUCCUUACUGGGCUCACUCAUUUCAGUGGUGCUUUGCUUGGUUGCUUCCAGAGUGUGUUCUUGAUGCUUGGCGUCUCUCUAUUGGUAUCCACCGAAGAGGAAAGCUCAUUGUCUAAAUUCUUUUUGUUUUUCACCGUAUCAGUCAGUGAAACAACUACUAAGCGAGGGGUUUUAGAG